AUGUUCCGAAAGUAUCAAAAGCCCUAUCAUGUAUACUCGGUUUUCGUGGAUAGAAGUUGUGAUAAGUAUGAAUGUUCUUGUAAGUUGUGGGAGAGAUUAGAGAUACCUUGCUGCCAUAUAUUUUGUGUCCUGAAAGAGCUAGAGAAAGAAGAAUUGCUGAGCCGAUUGGUCCUGCGCAGGUGGUGCAAAGAUGCCAAGGUCGCCGAUAGUAGUAGUCAGCAUGCCUCAGUCAGUCCCACAGAUGGAUUUCGUGUUAGAUACAGUGCAUUGUGGAGUGCUUGCCUGUCACUAUGUUUUACAGCCGCGCAAUGCACGGAAACAUACAACACUACCAUAACAGAGGUGGCCAGAAUGUCGAGGGAGUUUGAAUCUCUAGGUGGCAUAGGACAAAGGAGCAGUCGUGUUCAAGUAGGAGCGGAUGAAACUCACAUUCUCGACCCAAAGAUUAUCAGGUCCAAGGGUGCACCUCGGGGGAGCACAAAUGCGAAUAAUGGGAGGCGUUGUAGGCGGUGCCUCAGAUUUGGCCACGACAGAAGAAAUUGCACUGCCAUGGAUGACGAUGUUGUUGAUGAGGAUGGUGGAUCCGGUUGUAGGCCAGUUUAUACUUCCGGAAAGAGGUCACGACGAAAGUAG